AUGAGCGGCUUUUUGCGAACACUGGGGACGCGUCUACAGACGUCGAGCUCUGCAAGACUUGUGCUGUAUGGCUCAGCAGCGGCUGGGACCUCAUACGUGGCCUGGAAGAUGAAUGAGAAGUCUCGUUUAGAACUUCGACAGCGGAGAAAAGGCACGUCUCACAAAGCACGCACACGCAGAGGCGAUUGGUUAGCUCCUGUUUCCUUGUUUAGUUUCUUUCUGACGAUUUGCUCAUCACGCGCCUAUCAAUGGCUCUACUCUAUUCGUCCUCCUCCCUCCGCGCUCCGCUCCUCAACGAUUUCCAAAUCCCUCGACCCAAUAGCCAAAGCUCAAGCAGACUCCCGUAAUCACCAGAAGAGUCUAGCAAAGCCCGAGCCCGCCGUGGUCGUCGUAGAAAACAAGGCAGGAGAGCUCGAGGAAUCCGCUACGACGGAAGAAGGAAAAAACACUGGCGCAUUCGAUCCAGAGACGGGCGAAAUUAACUGGGAUUGCCCUUGUCUAGGCGGCAUGGCGCACGGACCAUGCGGGCCUCAAUUCCGUGAAGCCUUUUCCUGCUUUGUAUUCUCAGAAGCAGAGCCAAAGGGAGUCGACUGUGUGGAAAAGUUUAGGGCCAUGCAAGACUGCUUCAGAGAGCAUCCAGACGUCUACGCAGAAGGUGUGUCAAAUGAAACUGCUUCUGGGCCAUAUGGCCCUGCGCCACAAUUUGACUUACUGACAUAUCUUCUCUGGACAUAUGUAGAACUCGCCGAUGACGGAGAUGAACCUGAGCCGAGCGCCUCUGAUCCUUCGACUUCGGACCCGCCGCCAUCCCCGACAGGCGGCGAAGGAUUAGAGCCACCUUCGAACACGAUCCCAGAGCCGGGAUCACCGCGGGAUGACGUCGAGAUUCCUCGCACUCCGCCGCCUUUGCCACCAUCGGAUGGCGUCAAAUCUCCUCCACUCCCACCCUCGGAUUCCCCGAGAUCACCACCACCGCUUCCUCAAGGGAACCGAAGGCCACCGACGAUCAUCGACCCACCGUCAAGCCCGCUUCCUCCGACAAUUGUCGACCCACCCUCUGCCGGUGGCCCUGUCGGAGGAGCAGGCGGAAUCACAACUACAAAAGCGAGCGCAAGUGGCUCUCAUGGCAUCUCGAAGUAG